AUGAAAAAUAAUUAAUAAUAAAAUGAUAUUGAAAAAUAAUUCACAUAGUAGCUUUUAAAUAAUGUGAAAGUGAACAUACCUGAAAAUCCAUUUGAAAAAGCGAAUAUAUUUUCAAGAGCAUUCUUUUUCUGGGUUUAUCCUUUGCUUAAGAUAUCAUAAAAAAGAAGUUUACAAUAAGAAGAUGUCUUCAAAUUAAAAGAUAAAGAUACUAGUGAGUUUAACUUUAAUAAAUUCAACACUAUUUAUGAAAAUGUUAAAGUUGAUCCAAAAGUUGUUAAUAAGCUAAGAACUGCUUUUUUUAGAACUUAUAAAAAGGAGAUCUUCAUCUCUGUAGGACUUUACUUUUUGUAUUUACUCUCUAGUGUUGUUAAUAUGCUAGCAAUUUAAAUAUUGCUAUAAGCAUUUAAAUCAGAUGAUAGAGGAAAAGUUGGGCCUCUCGCUAUUGGAUUAUCAGUUAUGGCUUUAGUUUAUUUUACAUAGUCUAUUAUUCAGUCAAACUAUAAUUUUUAUUAUAGCGUUCUUACAGUAAGAAUGACUGGAGCUUUGAGCAUGAAAAUAUUCUAAAAAACAUUAUUAUUUCCUAUGCAAAGAAAUUAAUUCUACAAAAUUGGAGAUAUAUUGAACAUGAUCUAAGUUGAUAUUCUUCAAAUAGUUUCUUACAUAUAGAGUCUCUUCACACUAAUAUUUUCUUUUAUAUUUCUUAUCUUAUCAUUUUACUUAUGCUAUGCUACCUUAAAUGACUUUGGUAUUGCAUUAACACUUUUUGCUUGUGUUUUGGUUUCUUUUAGUUUUUCAUUAAUCUUUGGUAAAUGGUAUGGCUCUAUGCAAAAGAAAUUUAUGCAUGAGAAGGAUCUUCGUAUGAGAUCUUUAGAAGAAAUGAUCAGGGGUAUUAAGACUAUAAAAUAUAAUGGUCUUGAAACAUUUUUUGAUGAAAGAAUUAAAAAGCUUAGAGAAAAAGAGUUAAAACAGUUAAAGAAAUAAAGGAUUUUAGCCAACUGCAAUGAAUUUUUAUAGAAUUUUUCAUGCACUUUUACAAUUUUUACAAUAACCUUUGCUUUUGGCAUAAGUUCAUUUAGUGAAUUCUUAGCUAUUUUUUCUUCGUUUUAGCUUAUCUAAUAGUUUGUCUAAAAUGUUCCUUUGUCAGUUUAAGGAAUAGUCAUCGGAUCUAAUUCUAUGAAAAGAUUAGAUAAUUAUUUAACUGAAUCCUUCAUCUAUAAAUUAAAUUCUGACACUACAGAGGAAAAUAAUUAGGUUAAAUAGAGUGGUUCCUCUAUUUUUAUUUAAAAUGGUAAUUUUUCAUGGAAUAAUUAACUGAAUAUCAACUAAAUAUAGAAUUCUGUAAAACUAACAAAAAGAGAAAGAGAGUCUAUAUCUUAAAAAUAAUCGAGCAGUGUAUUUUAAUUAAAAAAUUUAAAUCUUAAUGUAAAGUAGGGAGAAUUUGUAGUUAUCUAUGGAGAAUUGGGAAGUGGUAAAAGCUCUAUCCUUUAGGCUCUCUUAGGAGAAAUGGAAGUAUAGGGAGGUGAAAACUCUUUUUAAAAAAUGGUCUAAAUAAAUGGGAGUAUAAGUUUAUGCACACAAGAUCCAUGGAUACUUUAAGACACUGUAAAAGAAAACAUAAUCUUUGGAUAAUCCUAUGACUCUAUUAGAUACAAAUAAGUUCUUUAAGUUUGCAGCUUAGAAGAAGACAUUGCCUACUUCGUUGAUGGAGACCAAACUAACAUUGGAGAAAAAGGAGAUACACUAUCAGGUGGUUAAAGAAAGAGGGUUAAUCUGGCAAGAUCAAUUUAUAAAGAUUCAGAUAUUUAUCUUUUGGAUGACCCUUUAAGUGCGCUUGAUGUUGGAGUCGCAACUUCUAUUGCUUAAGAAUGCUUUUUGGGAAUGCUUAAAGGGAAAACAAGGGUUAUUUUUACUAGUAAUCUAGUCGGUAUGAAUAAAGCUGAUAAGAUUAUUCUUAUUAAAAAUGGUGAAAUUGUUAGUGAAGGAAAUUAUAACUAAAUUAAAAAAAUAAUCGCUAAAGAGGGAAACAAGGAAGCUGAAAAUGAUGAAGAUCUGGAAGAGUUAGAGAGAAGUUAAUCCAAAGUUCUUUUAAAAAGCAACUAAAAACCAAAAUUUGAAGAGUAAAACUAUACUAAAAAGAUGAUUCAAACAGAAGAUAUCUAGCACGGGUACAUAAAAUUGCUUGUCUUUAAACAAUUUGCUAAAGAUUUAGGAGGAUUAUUAUUUAGUUUGGUUUUAUUCUUAAUGUUUAUAGGACUCGUAACUUUUUUUUUACUAACUAAAUUGAUUAUGCAAGAUGUAGAUGAUGAUGCUCCUAAGGAUAAAUAAUUUAAAGUUAUGAUGCUUUAUUGUCUUUUUGACACUUUGAGAGUAAUAUCUAUCUUCAUAUAUGAAACUUUUGUAGUCUUAAGAAUGCUUUCACUAUCUAGAUUUUUACAUAAGUCUAUAGUUUUUAACUUAUUGAGAGCUUCUUUUACAAAAUUUUAUAAUUUGAUCACAACUGGACGCUUAAUGAAUCGUCUUUCUAAAGAUAUUUAUGAAGUAGACACAAUUAUACCUUAUGAUUUUAACUAACUUAUAAAUUAAGUUGGGAUGGUUGUCGUUUCAGGAGCUUCUACUAUUAUAAUAUGUUAAUUCAAAAUAGCUUCAAUUGCUAUUGUCUAUUUCUUUAUUGCUCUAUUAAUUUCUUACUUCUUUCUUACUGCUAAAAGAUAAAUAGUCAGAAUAGAGGCUACUUCAAAAAGUCCUAUCCUGUAAUAUUUCUCAGAAAUUCUUAGAGGUCUUACAUACUUACGUAGUUGUGUAAAAGAAGAAUUGAUCAGAGAUACAUUCUAAUAAUAUGUUAAUGUAGACUUAAGAAAUUAAAUAGCUCUGAAUGGAAUUUAAUACUGGUUUGAAUCAAUAGCUUCUUUUUUGAGUAUGUUUCCUAUAUUAAUUUCAUCAGCAUUAGGAUAUUUUGAUAAUUCAAUUUCAUCCUAAACUGCUAUGUUAAUGGCACUAUAAGUAUCAAAUUUAUCUAUCAGUAUGAUUAAAUUAUCUUAGACAUGGCUUGAGUGUGAAACGCGUCUUGUUAAUUAUGAAAGAUGCCUCAAAUUGAAAUAAAACAUUGUCUUAGAAGAUUACUCAAAUGAGAACGGAAAUAUUGAAAAUUCUCUCUAAAUUUCUAUUUAAAAUAAUGAUAAUUCAGAAAAUGAAAAUAAAAUUUCUUAAGUUGGAAAUUAGAAUUCUUAAUUAUCUCAUAGCUUUAACUAAGAGCAAUCAAUUAUUUUUUAGAAUGCUUCUUUUUAAUAUAGAGCAGAUCUACCAAAUUGUUUAUCUAAUUUGAACUUAAGUUUCACAGGAAAUUAAAAGAUUGGCGUAGUUGGUAGAACUGGAGCAGGAAAAACAUCUGUAACUUUAGCUCUAACAAAAGUAAUUGAUUUGAUUUCUGGAGAUGUAAUAAUAAAUGGAAAGUCUAUUAAAGAUUAUUCACUAUAAGAAUUAAGAAAUAUAAUCAGUGUUGUUAGCUAAGAACCUUAUAUUUAUGAAGGAACUUUAAAGCUCAAUUUAGAUCCUUACAAUCAGUACACAGAUAAAUAAAUCAAUAAUGUCUUCUAAUAAUGUAGAUUUAAUAGCUUUAGUUCAUUUUAAAAAGGUCUUAAUACUGAAAUAAGCUAAUUAGGUGAUAACCUUUCCGAAGGUGAAAAAUAGCUUAUCAGUAUAGCUCGUGUCAUUUUAAAAAAAUCUAAAAUCUUAAUUGUUGAUGAGCCUACUAGUCAUAUUGAUGCUAAUAUGGAAGAGUUUAUUACUAAUAUUCUUUAUGAAAAUUUCACAAACUGCUUGGUGAUUACUAUUGCUCAUAAAAUUAAAACUAUUAUGAGCAGUGAUAAAAUUUUGGUAUUAAAUCAUGGAAAAAUAUAAGAAUAUGAUUCUCCUUAAAAUUUAUUAAAAAAUAAAAACUCUUAGUUUUCAGAAAUAAUCAAAAUUAUCACAAAGCACAAAAUUAAUUGA